AUGAUUCUGACGAGAGUGGCUGAGAGGAAGCUGAAUGCCUCACCCACGUCUCUGCACCUGGCCGAGGACAAGAUAUACAUAGGUCUUAAAAAGAGAUAUAUAAUUGAGACGGAAUAUAAUGCUCUGAAGCUCAGAAGAAUACCGGUGAAGGAAAACAUCAGGACCAUGGUUGGAUGUGAAAACAGUGUUUUUCUUUUUUCAGAGCAGGGGAAUCUUUUUGUUUUUCCGUGCGAUGAUGGCAACGCCAGGAACAAUGCUGUGAUUAGCAAAAAGAUUGUUAAUACAGGGCUCUAUGACCAGCCUUCCAGGCGUAUUGUCAUUGGCACAAGCCGGGGAAAGGCUCUGGUACUUAGCCAAGCUCUUGAGAUACACAAAACAUUCUACGAAUCACCCUCAGGAAUCAUAGGUCUUUCCAUAUCUGAUCUGGGAAAGCUGGCCUGCGUCUAUGAAAUCGACUCAUCUGUAAGGGUCUUCGACCUGAAAUCCUCGGAUGUCAAGGAGAUAAAGAUACCCAAUGGAUUUCCACAGGCAGCUGCGUUUAUUAGUAGCACGCAUCUGGUGAUCGGAAGCAGCAUUGGAGAAAUUUACCUUGUUGAUACGGCUACUAUGAGCAUUCUAUUCUCCUCAGCUGUUCCGCAACCAGUUUCAACUCUGCUCUGGAAGAACGGGCUCAUGCUUAUUGGAGGAGAGGAUAUGCUGUGUUUGUCCUCUGUUACAGAAGACGGGAUUAAUAUCAUCGAGAGCUGCAAAUUCAAUGGGUUUGUGAAUGCAGUUUGCUUUAACGAUAGCCACAUUGUGGUGGGGAUUGGGAAAGAGCCAAGACUCGGAAGGUGGAAGGUAAGAAAGGAUGGAGAGCACAAGCUAGUUGUUCUAAAGACGGAAUGA